CGCGGCUUGACUCAGCGGCAGGCAGGCAGGCAGGCAUCGCUCCAUGUUGCGGCGCUGCGUGGCAGUGGGCACCGACUGGCUCUGGCUGCACAGCACACUCAUGACUUCAGAUGUGAGUGGCCCCGACACUCGGCACAUUCAGCGCGGGGGAGAAGCGGCCGUCAGCCCGGCCACCGAGACGCUACCUGCCGCAGAGCUCUGCACCGCGGACGCACAGGAGGGUGUAGCUGCUGUGAGCGUCUCCGGCUGCCUGUGGGGGGGCUGAACGCUUUGAUCGGUGCAGCAGUUAUUUUCAGAGUGAGCUAUUUCGGAGCGAUUGGAAACGUGGAGGAGCGAGGAGCCGCACGGAGCGCUGCAGCAGACACGGUACCAGAGGAACACCAGCAGCAAGCAAGACAGGAAGGCACGAAUGUGAUGCCAAAGCUGCUGAGAAAAACAAAGGUUCAAGUCUAGAAAAAGAGAACUGUUGGAUCGGGACUCAGCCCAGCGACAUGUAGCACCUCGCUGCCCUCACAGCCGGAUUUGUUGUCUACUCAUGAUUUUUCUGUAGUCAAGUCCAGGGCAUCUGCUGCAGUCAUGUUUAGGAACAGCUUGAAGAUGCUGCUGACGGGGGGGAAGGCCAACCGCAAGAGUCGCAGCAGUGAUGGCGGGAGCGAGGACCUGGCAGACCCCUGCUCGCCCAGUCUAGACCCUCACCUGAGCCACAUCGGCCAAGGUGGCAGCAUAGACAGCGACUGUGUCUUUGAAGGAGACUACGCUGUGCCGCCGCUCUCCAUGACCGAGGGCAUGCAGCACAUUCGCAUCAUGGAGGGCGUGUCGCGCUCUCUGCCCUCCUCCCCGCUGCUCACCCACCAGACCAUCAGCGUCCGGCUGCAGCCAGUGAAGAAGCUCACAGCCCCUCUGCGGAAAGCAAAGUUUGUGGAGAGCCCUCGCAUUCCACAAUCAGAGCUUGGCUCCCCUACACACACCUCCACCACUGCCAAGAAUCCAGACCUGGACACAUACUGCCCUGGGGAGUCGAGCCAGGAGCUGGGCCCCCCUCCGUCGGUGGAUGAGGCAGCCAACACAUUGAUGACGCGCUUGGGUUUCCUUCUGGGAGACAAAGUGAGUGAGGGGCCAGCCGGUACCCAGUACAGCAUGGAGGAACCCGAGGCGAGACAGGGCCAGAACCAGAGGAUCAGCCCGUGUUCCACCCUGACCAGCAGCACUGCCUCCCCGCCUGCAGGCAGCCCCUGCUCCACCCUCCCCCCCACCAUGCCCGGCCAGGCGGGCAACAAGGACUGCGCCUACGGUUCUGUCACCAGUCCCACCUCGACACUGGAGAGCAGGGACAGCGGGAUUAUUGCCACUCUGACCAGCUAUUCUGAGAACAUGGAGCGAGGCGGCAAAUAUGGCGAGGGCUCGCGGGGAAACCUGAAGCUGUGGCAGUCGCAGAAAUCAGGCAUGGACUCGUUCCUGUACAGGGUGGACGAAAACAUGACCGCCUCCACCUACAGCCUCAACAAAAUCCCCGAGCGUAACCUGGAGAGCAUGUCCUCCCACUCCGCCCACUCCAUCCCUCUGUACCUCAUGCCCCGCCCCAACUCUGUGGCUGCUACCAGCUCGGCCCACCUGGAGGACCUGGCGUACCUGGAUGAGCAGAGGCACACUCCGUUACGCACCUCGUUGCGCAUGCCCAGACAGAGCACCACCUGCGGGCCGGGUCGCUCCGGGCAGGACCUGAGAGCUUCUGCAAAUAACACCCAUGCCUGGCAAUCCCAGUCACUGCGUUUUGCACCCUAUCGGCCUCAAGACAUCGCCCUCAAGCCUCUGCUGUUUGAGGUGCCCAGCAUCACCAUGGACUCUGUCUUCACGGGCCGCGAGUGGCUCUUCCAGGAGAUCGACGCCCACCUCAACAGCCCCAACUCCGGCACCAACCAGGGCGUCGUGGUCGUCGGCAACAUCGGCUUCGGCAAGACGGCCAUCAUCUCCCGCCUGGUGGCGCUGAGCUGCCACGGCACCCGGAUGAGACAGAUCGCCUCCGACAGCCCUCAAGCCUCGCCGAAACAUGGAGAGGGGCUUCCUCUCACCCAGCCCCAGCCCACACACGGCACCCUGGGAGGAGGCAGCUGUCCCGGGACCCCCGAGAUGAGGCGACGUCAGGAGGAAGCCAUGAGGAGGCUGGCAUCUCAGGUGGUGGCGUACCACUACUGCCAGGCAGAUAACGCCUACACCUGCCUGGUGCCGGAGUUUGUGCACAACGUGGCGGCGCUGUUGUGCCGCUCGCCACACCUGGUGGCCUACAGGGAGCAGCUGCUGAGGGAGCCACACCUGCAGAGCAUCCUGAGCCUGAGAUCCUGCGUCCAGGACCCCCUGGCUUCCUUCAGGAGGGGAGUCCUCGAGCCCCUGGAUGCACUUUACAAAGAGAGGAAGAUCAACUCCGAGGAGGACCUCAUCAUCCUCAUCGAUGGCCUCAAUGAAGCAGAGUUCCACAAGCCGGACUACGGAGACACCAUCGUGUCCUUCCUCACCAAAACCAUCAACAAGUUCCCUCCCUGGCUGAAGCUGGUGGUCACAGUCAGAACCACGCUGCAGGAGAUCACCAACGCUCUGCCGUUUCACCGGAUCUCUCUGGACAGCCUGGAGGAGAACGACGCCAUCGACCAGGACCUGCAGGGCUACAUCCUGCACCGCAUCCACAGCAGCCCAGAGAUCCAGAACAACAUCUCGCUCAACGGCAAGAUGGACAACACCACCUUCGGCAAGCUCAGCGCCCACCUCAAGGCCCUGAGCCAGGGAUCCUACCUGUACCUCAAACUCACCUUUGACCUCAUUGAAAAGGGCUACCUAGUUCUCAAAAGCUCCAGCUAUAAGGUGGUCCCAGUCAACCUGGCCGAGGUUUACCUGCUGCAGUGCAACAUGCGCUUCCCCACGCAGUCGUCGUUCGAACGGGCGCUUCCUCUGCUAAACGUGGCCGUGGCCUCGCUGCAUCCGCUGACCGACGAGCAGAUAUAUCAGGCCAUCAACGCCGGAUCGCUGCAGGGUACUCUGGACUGGGAGGACUUCCAGCAACGUGUAGAUAACCUGUCGGUCUUCCUGGUGAAGAGAAGGGAUGGAACCAGGAUGUUUGUUCAUCCGUCCUUCAGGGAGUGGCUUAUUUGGAGAGAAGAAGGAGAAAAGACAAAGUUCCUCUGCGAUCCGAGGAGUGGGCACACCCUGCUGGCCUUCUGGUUCUCUCGCCAGGAGAACAAGCUGAACAGGCAGCAGACCAUCGAGCUGGGUCACCACAUCCUCAAAGCACAUAUCUUCAAGGGUCUCAGCAAGAAAGUCGGAGUUUCCUCAUCUAUCUUGCAAGGCCUGUGGGUUUCCUACAGCACAGAGGGCCUUUCAGCUGCACUUUCUUCACUCCGAAACCUCUACACUCCCAACAUCAAGGUGAGUCGGCUGCUGAUGCUGGGCGGAGCCAACGUGAACUACCGCACUGAGGUGCUGAACAACGCCCCCGUCCUGUGCGUCCACUCCCACCUGGGCUACAUGGACAUGGUGGCCCUGCUGCUGGAGUUCGGUGCCUCCGUGGAUGCCCAGUCUGAGAGUGGCCUGACGCCGCUGGGCUACGCUGCUGCCGGAGGACACAUGGCCAUCGUGACGGCUCUCUGUCGCAGGAGAGCUAAGGUGGACCACCUGGAUAAGAACGGCCAGUGCGCCCUGGUUCAUGCAGCCCUGAGGGGCCACAUGGAGGUGGUGAAGUUCCUCAUCCAGUGUGACUGGAGUCUGGGGCCGCAGCAGCAACAACAAUCACCGCAGACCCAGCAACAGGCGGCUUUCACCAAGAGUCACGCCGUACAGCAGGCGCUAAUCGCUGCAGCCAGCAUGGGAUACACAGAGAUCGUGUCCUACCUGCUGGACCUGCCAGAGAAAGACGAAGAGGAGGUGGAGCGAGCUCAGAUCAACAACUUCGACACCCUGUGGGGGGAGACAGCUCUGACUGCAGCUUCUGGUCGGGGGAAGCUGGAGGUUUGUCGUCUGUUGCUGGAGCAGGGAGCUGCUGUGGCUCAGCCCAACAGAAGAGGCAUCGUCCCGCUGUUCAGCGCCGUCCGGCAGGGACACUGGCAGAUCGUGGAUCUUCUGCUCACACAUGGAGCUGACGUUAACCUGGCCGACAAACAGGGUCGGACUCCGUUAAUGAUGGCCGCCUCAGAGGGACACCUGGGAACCGUUGAGUUUUUACUGGCUCAAGGAGCCUCUCUGUCUCUGAUGGAUAAGGAGGGUCUGACGGCUCUGAGCUGGGCCUGUCUGAAGGGUCAUCUUCCGGUGGUUCGCUGCCUGGUGGAGAGCGGAUCCGCCACCGACCACGCAGACAAGAACGGACGAACGCCCCUCGACCUGGCCGCCUUCUACGGAGACUCUGAAGUGGUGCAGUUCUUGGUCGACCACGGGGCCAUGAUCGAGCACGUAGACUACAGCGGGAUGCGUCCUCUGGACAGGGCGGUGGGCUGCAGAAACACGUCGGUGGUGGUCGCCCUGCUCAAGAAAGGAGCCAAGAUAGGAUGUCAGACGCUGCCCAGUCGGCCCCGAGGUCCAGCCACAUGGGCGAUGGCCACCUCCAAACCCGACAUCAUGAUCAUCUUACUGAGCAAACUCAUCGAGGAGGGGGACAGCUUCUACAAGAAGGGGAAGGUGAAGGAGGCUGCACAACGUUAUCAGUACGCUCUCAAAAAGUUUCCACGCGAAGGCUUCAGCGAGGACCUCAAGACAUUCAGGGAACUCAAAGUAUCGCUCUUCCUCAACCUGUCCCGAUGUCGGAGGAAAAUGAACGACUUUGGGAUGGCAGAGGAAUUUGCUACGAAGGCACUCGAACUGAAACCAAAAUCGUACGAGGCAUAUUAUGCCAGAGCACGCGCCAAGCGUAGCAGCAGACAAUUUCCUGAAGCCUUAGAGGACCUGAAUGAAGCCAUAAAGCAGUGCCCCAACAACAGAGAAAUCCUGCGGCUGCUCCAGAGGGUGGAGGAGGAGUGUCACCAGCUCAACCAGGACGAGCACCAGCAGCAGGACCUGGAGCUGGAACCUCCACCCUCCCCUCCUCCUACGCCUCCCCCCGAAGAGGAGGAGUCCCUGUCCCUGUCCAUGCCUCUCCCCCCUCCCCCAGAGCCUCGACUGGAGGACAUGGAGCCGGUCCAGGACUUGUUUGAGGAUGAGGACUACUUGGAGCAGGAGCUGGAGGCCAUGUCGAUGGGCCUGCCUCCCCCCGAGUCCCUCACCAACCCGUCCAGCCUCCCCAUCAUCCAGAGCCCACCGCUGUCCCCCACACAUCCAGAUCAGAUCUACUUAGCUGGAGGUUCGCCCAUGGGCCAGCCCUACGAGUAUCACCCCACCUCCUCCUCCAUGUCCUCCCCGACUCGAGGCACAUACCAGUCCACGUCGCCCUCCCUCUCCCCGACACACCAGAACUCCCACUACCGCCACAGCCCGCCUCACACCUCCCCAGUGCACCAGCCGUCCUACCGCUUCAGCCCGCCUCCGAUGGGUACCGGGGGUCAGGGGAUGGAUCACCAAAGCCCACCGCCUUCCCCUUUACGCCGGGCUGCUCAGUACCGAGCCAGUCCGCCGGUAGAAAGCGUCUGUCUGUACAGGUCCCAGUCUGGCUCGCCUGUUCGCUACCAGACAGAGCAGAUCCCCGGUCGCCCCAAAUCCCCCCUUUCCAAGAUGAGCAGCCAGCGUUCGUUCCAGCUGAGCUCGCAGCCCUCUCUGUCCUCCCAGCACCACCAAGCCCAGGGUCUUCGCCUGCAGCCUUCUAUAGCCCAAAUAGUCCGCACAAACCAGCCCAGCAACGUGAUGGGAAACAGCAGCUACGGCGGCCAGAUGGGUCACUCCAUGGGCGGUCGCUACCAGGGGGGUUCGGUGGACGUGGAGAGCCGCCUGGUGUACCAGCCCUCCCUGGAUGGGCGCUCCAUGCCCCAGGUCCAGGCCAGCCUCAGCUCUGGGGCCCUCUGUCAGCACGGCGGCCGAGGAGGGGUUAUGGAGUCGAGCCUGUUGAAGGAUGAACUACCCCAGCGCCCCUCCUCUGCCUACCGCGCCAGCAGCGGGGGCCCGGGGGGCAUCCGUUACAGCCAGACGCCUCAAAUCAGCCGCAGCCAGUCGGCCGCCUACUACCCGGUGUCUGAGCACGUACUGGAGCGAGCCAAUGCCAUGCCCCCCUGCCAGCUGGGUUCUCCUGAGAUCCCCCAUAUGGUGAGACGCCCUGUGAGUGCCAACACUACUGAGAUGAAGCAGCAUGUGCCCACCCCCAGGCCGCUCAUCCAUUCUCAGAGUGUCGGCCUUCGCUUCUCCCCGUCCAGCAACAACAUCUCAACUGGAUCCACCUCCAACUUAGCGCCCAGCUUCCGGCCUUCCACUUCCAUUCAGCAGAUGGAGAUCCCCUUACAAGCCACAUACGAGCGCUCCUGUGACGACAUCUCCCCCAUCUCCCCCUCCCAGGGCGGCGGGGGGCUGUACCAAGGCGAGACCACCCGCUCUCGGAACACGCCCUUCAUGGGCAUCAUAGACAAGACGGCGCGGACUCAGCAGUACCUGCAUCAGCCCUCGCGGUCCCGGGCCAUGACGUCCAUGGACUCGGCCAUCAGCCCCACCUCGCCCGGCCAGCUGGUCCAGCAAGGCUCCACCUACAGCCCCCCCGCCUCGCUGGGCAACAUCGCCUACUACAACAAGACCAACAACGCCCAGAACGGACACCUGCUGGAGGAGGACUACUACUCCCAGACCCCACCGCAGUCGCUGGGCAAGCUGGCCAACGGCUCCCGAGGCAGCGGGGACAUCCUGGAACGGGUCAGCCAGGUGCCCACCUACCCAGACGUGAAGGUGGCGAGGACUCUGCCCGUGGCUCAGGCCUACCAGGACAACAUGUACCGCCAGCUCUCACGUGACUCCCGGACCCAAGGCCCCACCUCCCCCAUCAAACCAAAGAGACCAUUUGUGGAGUCUAAUGUGUGAUGGUCCGUCUGUGACUGGAUGGUUGGACUGGGGUUGUUAGCGGGGAAAAAAAUACAGCAGAUGUGGCCUGUGUUUGUGUGACGGACGUCUUAAAGAACUCACGAGAGGCAGAUCCAAUCAGAGGAAACCACACAGCCGGCACACACACACACACACACACACACACACACACACACACACACACACACACACGCAUUAGGGUAUUAGACAUUAUCUUAUAUGAAAAACGUAACCAACAGUGAGACGUGAUUAUUUCAUUAUCAUAUUCCGCACACAGGUAGGAUAAGAGGAGGGUUCUGAGUUCUGAUCUCAUUCUAAAUCAAAGACCAGUGCACUUCCAUAAUGUUGCGUGGCCCCGACACGAGCGGCCACAGCGGGUGGGACUGUCAGAGUGAAAUUACUACUCAUCGGACUCUACUUGUGGACUCUGUAUCCAUCUUCUGUUCUUUCAAAGUGUGCUCUUAACCAAGGUUGCUAGUAGGCUCUAUUCUAUGUAAUACAAUAUUAUAUGUUCAAUACUGUACAUUGCUCAGAAAAUACAAAUGGCUCAACAACUCAGUACUUAGAGAAAAAUGACAAUAUUUAUAAUUAAGUUAUAUAUUGUACAUAGAAAUAAAACAAAACAUAGUUUGCAUUUCGAAUUUUAUUCCGUUAACCCUGCCUCUGUGUCACACUGCUAGUCAUAUGUACGUGGAAGAAGCGACCAGGGAAAGGAACGAGGGACUCAGACUAACUUUGAAUAAUAUCAUUACCUCUAAUGUGUCAAAAUAAAACAGAUUUUUGUUGUGGUUUAAUGCAAGAACGUGCAUUAACCUGCAGAUUAUUUUUUGAUAGAUUCUUUUUCUUGAAAUGGUUAAAUAUGCCCGGUAUAAUUUCCUUUUUUAUGUCUUGCUUUGUUAAACCAACCGUCCAAAGAUCUUCAGUUUACAGUGAAAACAGAGAAAAACAGCAAAUCCUCACACUGGAAGAGCUAGAACCACAGAAUGUUUGACAUUUAUGCUUGAAAACUCUUCAUUUUGAACAGAUAUAACACACAAAUAGCUUCAAAUCUUACCGAGAAUAUCAAUUUUGUGUCUAUGCACCUUUUUAAGUCUGAAAACCCGACCGCUACAUGUAGUUUUGGAUAUUUUUUGUUGAAUUAAUCCAGUCACUUAACCAAAUUUUUAAGUUUCAGAUGCAUAACUUCUGAUUUUCUGUACUUCUUGCCUCAUUAACGUCUCACAGAACUUACGACAUGCUGUGCUAUGUUGGAUGUUAAACAAACUGUCAACGCCUUAACCCUCUCUGCCAGUAAACACAUCACGUGCUUAAACAUCUGAUUCUAGAAACAGCUACAGCAUCAGUUGUUCCACUUUCUUUAGAGCUCGAAUCUUUGGCUGAAUGAUGCGGAUCAGUAAGAAACAGAGAAUCCUGCGGCAGGUGAUUUUAUCAGGCGGCAAACCAGCGUCAAAGUUGGCCUCUGUCCCUCCUUCAUGCUAGUGACGGGUUAACCGAGGUAGUGCUCAGCGACUAAAAGCAAGCAAAUGCAUACACGACCACUGUUAGACGUUUCCCUUUUUCUUCUGCAUUGUUUUGUUUCCUUUUCACCAUUUUUAUUCAGCCACUUCUGCACUAAAAAUGCCUGUUAAGUUCUUAAAACUAAGGGUGCACUUUAUGUAUUUUACUUACUUUGUUGUUGCGAUUGUUGAAACUUGGAGAACAUGGGUGUGUGACCGCUGAUAGCAGACUAUCAUAGACACUGUUGUUAUUAUAUGAUUUGCAAACGCAGUGAUGAAUGACAUUAUGAAGAGCAAACAAUGUUUUUAAAAACCGGUGAAGAUGUAUAGACUUUCUAGCACAAGUUGUAUAUACUGGCUCAGAUAUUCCGCUCCGUCCAGCUCGAGUUCGUUAGAUAAGCAAGUCUGUUUCAAGAAGCCAAUCAUACUCAAAUAUUCCACAUUAUUUAAGAAAAAAAAGUCCAUUAAAGUCCUAUAAAUCAGCCGGUCUAAUCCACCAGCUUUGCACACAUCUUGAAAAUAAACCUACUUCAACAAAGACUGAGAUUUUAGUAUCCAGACACGCAGAAUUUGGGUCACAGAGAUGUGGAAUAAUGAGAAUAUUCAAGUAAUUUAUAUAUAUGUGGGAAAGGUUAUAGACCAUUUGUCUGUAACAUUUUAUUUUCAAAGUCUGAUUAAGAAUAUCUAAAGAGAGACGGUUCUUCCCAACCGUCUCCUGCUCAUCCUCACCUGCUACCAGAGAGACGCCCUACUUAUCUUUACAGAAAUGAAGGUAUAAACUGUACUAUACUUAAUUUAAAAAAACAACUUUUUCAGUUGAGGAUAUUUGAGAGUGUAUGGUUUCAAAGCUGUCUGUGUAUAUUAGUUUGCUGUAAAUAGUCCGAUGCAUGUUCUAUUCUUUCCAUGAGCUCAAGCAGAAACAUGUAUAGCAGUGCGUCUGGUGUGCGAUACGACGUUCAGAUCAAGAUAAGGAGGCCGCUACCCCUGAACUAUCCUUAUCAUUUUCCUUCAACCUCACCAGACGAAAAGGUUCUUUUAUUUUAUUUUAAUGUAUUUGCUUGCUGAGCAGAGUUCUCUUGUCUGUAAAUGUGAGCUUUCAGAUCGCUGUGAUAAAAAGUUUAAUUAAAAACAAUAAAAAAGAAUGUGUUUUUA